AUGACCUCUAAGAAUUUUGUUCAGCCUGCUAUUCCACGCUUCGAUGGUCAUUACGACCAUUGGAACAUGCUGAUGGAGAAUUUCCUUAGGUCCAAGGAAUUCUGGCCAGUUGUCAGUACUGGUGUUCAAGAGCCAGUGGCUGAUACUUCUAAACGAAUAUUGGAUUCCAUGAAGAAGAAGUAUCAGGGAACGACGAAGGCAAAAAGGGCAUUAUUGCAAACACUUCGAGCUGAUUUUGAGACAUUACAAAUGAAGAUGGGAGAAUCAAUUUCAAAUUACUUCUCAAGGACUAUGGCAAUAGCAAAUAAAAUGUGGAUUCAUGGUGAAAAGAUGGAAGAUGUCACCAUUAUUGAAAAGAUUCUUCGCUCCAUGACAUCAAAAUUCAACUAUGUUGUUUGUUCAAUUGAGGAAUCGAAAGAUACUACUAAACUUUCAAUUGAUGAAUUGCAGAGUUCACUAUUGAUUCAUGAGCAGAAAAUUAAUCGACAAAGUAGCAAGGAACAAGCUCUUCAAGUCUCAUCCAACUAUCACUCUUCAAAAGGUGGUGGUCGUGGAAGAGGAAGAGGAAACAAUUCUGGUGGUGAGAGGCACUCGCACCAGAAAUUUGAAGAAAAAUCUUCAAAUUCUCAAGGAAGGGGAAGAAGCUUUGACAACAAUAAUAAUUCAGGUGAUUAUAAGCCAAAGUCAGUUGACAAGUCAAAGAUUGAAUGCUACAGAUGUCACAGGUAUGGCCAUUAUAAAUCAGAAUGUAGAACUAACUUGAAUAGAGAUGGUGGACGGCAGUCUAAUUUUGCAGAAAAGGAAGAAGAGAUCUCUCUGUUAAUGGCCUAUCAAGAGAAAGAACAAGCGACGAAGGAAAUUUAG